GCGCCGGGGGCCGAGCGCGCGCCGUCCGCAUCCCCAGACGCGUCCUGCGCGCCGGUGAGAGGCCCCCGACCCCCACCCGCAGCGCGCUCCGAGGCCCGCAGCCGAGGUGCAGGGCCCGUCCCGGAUCUGGGCACCGGAUCGUGCGGGGCAGUGGGAACCGAGAGCCGUUAUCGUCCCGCGAAGCAUUUUUAUCCGAGUUACUGGAAGAAGAAAUGGCCACUAAUCUUUCACCAGGUCUCUUCUUAGAAGAACUUAAUAGGUACCAUCAGAAGAAUAAUGUAGCAAUUCAUUAUCGUGAACUGUCUAAGACAGGACCUCCACAUGACUUAAGGUUUACAUUUCAAGUUGUAAUAGAUGGGAGAGAAUUUCCAAAAGCUGAAGGUAAAUCAAAGAGGGAAGCCAAAAAUGCGGCAGCCAAAAUAGCUUGUGAAAUACUUAAAGAAAACAAGAGGGUUAGUUCUUUACCACUGCUGACAACAGAUAAUUCAGAAAAACUUCCCAUGAAUUACAUAGGCCUUGUUAAUACACAUGCCCAGAAGACACAACUGCCUCUAAAUUAUGAACAAUACGAAUCACGGGAGUCUGGGCCCAAAAGGUUUCAUUGUAAAUACAAAAUUGGACGGAAAGAAUACCCUAUUGCUGUAGGGUCUACUAAACAGGAGGCAAAGCACUUAGCUGCUAAACUGGCCUAUGAGCAGAUACUCUCAGAAGAAACCGCAAUGAAAGCUGAGUCAAGGUACUCUGGUUCUUUCUCUGCUGCGUCCGGUGACUUCAGGAGAGGCUCUUCUAUGACAAGCACGUCUGCUUCUGAAUCACCAUCUGAAAGUGACCACUCAGCAAGUGCGUCAGAAGGAAAUUGGAACAGUAAUGGUUUAAACAAUUCCUCUUCGUUUUCUAUGAACGGUCGCAGGAAGCCGAAAAGAAGUUUGGCACCUACAUUUAACUCUCCUGUGAAAGAAGAAAAUGAGUAUACUGUGAAUGACAGGUUUACCAAGGAUUUUACAGAUAUAGAAGAGAUUGGCUCAGGUGGAUUUGGCCAGGUUUUCAAAGCAAAACACAAACUUGAUGGGAAGACUUAUGUUGUUAAACGUGUUAAAUAUAACAGCAAGAAGGCAGAGCGUGAAGUAAAAGCUUUGGCUACGCUGAGACAUCCAAAUAUUGUUCACUACUCUAGCUGUUGGGAUGGGACUGAUUAUGAUCCUGAGGAAAGCAUAAAUCCUUCAAGAUCAAAGACUAGGUGCCUUUUCAUCCAAAUGGAAUUUUGUGAUAAAGGGACGUUGGAGCAAUGGAUUGACGACAGAAGAAACAAUAAACCAGAUAAAUGUUUGUCUUUGAAAUUAUUUGAACAAAUAACAACAGGAGUAGAUUAUAUACAUUCACAACAGUUAAUCCAUAGAGACCUUAAGCCAAGUAACAUAUUUUUAGUAGAUAGAGAACACGUAAAGAUUGGAGACUUUGGACUUGUAACGUCCCUGGAAAAUGAUGACAAGCGGACAAGUAAUAAGGGAACUAGGCGAUACAUGAGCCCAGAACAGAUUUCUUUAGAAGAAUAUGGAAAUGAAGUGGACAUUUAUGCUUUGGGGUUAAUUCUUGCAGAGCUUCUUCACAUAUGUCCUACUACUUCGGAAACAUUUAAGAUUUUGGAAGAUGUAAAGGCUGGCAACUUCUCAGAUGUAUUUGAUAAGAGAGAAAAAAUUCUUCUACAGAAGUUAGUCUCAAAAGAUCCCAAGAAACGACCUAAGACAUCUGAAAUAUUGAGGACUUUGGAGGAAUGGAAGAAUGGUCCAGAGACAAGGAAAUGGAAAUCAUGUUAGAACCCUUCUAAGAAAGUAUCUUGCUUCUGAUCUUCAAUUUUCCUGUAACUGUCUGAAAUCUGCUAGGGAAUAUUGAUGGUAUUUACCUUCUAUUUUCAUUUUUUCCUUAAUUUUUUUUACUACAUUUGCAGAGAGGUUUACAUUUUUUUUACUUCAAAAACAUUCUUACAUUUGACUUUUUCUCGGCUCAUUUCCUUAUUAUGAAGAUGAGAAAAAAAUUCCCUCAAAAUUUUUUUUAAUAUCAAUUAGUAAACCAAUCAAUUAAUAACUAUUUGUUAAAUGUCCAUUGUUUCUAGGCCAAAAAAUGUAGGAUCUUUUCCUGUCUUAGGUAGCUGACAAGCCAGUUGGAGAAAUAUGGUACCGACAAAAAGAUAAGUGUGGGGCCAGCCUGGUGGUGUAGUGGUUAAGUUCGCAUGCUCCUCUUCGGCAGCCUGGGGUUCGGGGUUCAGAUCCUGGUGCAGACCUACUCACCACUCAUCUAAGCUAUGCUGUAGCAGCGUCCCAUAUACAAAAUAGAGGAAGAUUGGCAUGAGUGUUAGCUCAGCAACAAUCUUCCUCAAGCAAAAAGAGGAAGAUUGGCAACAGAUGUUAGCUCAGGGCCAAUGUUCCUCACUGAAAAAAAAAGAUAAGUGAUAUACAGUCACUUUGGAAAACAGUUUGGUAUUAUCAGUAAAGUUGAAGGUGUAUAUACCCUCAAAGUCAUCAGUUUCAUUCCUACAUACAUGCAUACAAGAAUUUUUAUAGAAACCCUGUUUAUAACAGCUAAAAGAACAGGAAACAAUCCUAAUGUCCAUCACAAGAAGAAUGGGUACAUAAAUUGUAUUAUAUUCACACAUUGGAAUACUAUAUAGCAGUGAAAAUGAAUGACUUACAGUUAAAUGGAAUAACAUGAUACAUCUCUCAAGAACAUAAUGUUAAGCAAACAAAGCAGGUUACAAAAGACAUAUACAGAAUGAUUCCAUUUACGUAAAGUUCCAGAUGUGCUAAAUGAAAUAAUAUUUAGGAGUCCAAACAGAUGUGGUAAAACAAUAAAGUGAAGGAAGGGAAUGAGAAAUAUUAAAUUCUGAUAGUGGUUCUCUCUGAGGAGGGUUGGGAGUCUAUGGUUGGGGAAGUGGACUUUAUAGGUAACAGUUAACUUUUUUUUCUUAAACUAGAUAUAGAGUCUACUAGUGUUUGCUGCAUAGCUAUUAUUUUUAUCUUAAAUACAUUUUGUAUCUAUUAUAACAAACACUUUAAAUAUGAUAAUUGUUGGGCCGGCCCCAUGGCUUAGUGGUUAAGUGCACGUGCUCUGCUGCUGGCGGCCCGGGUUCGGAUACCGGGCGUGCACUGACGCACUGCUUCUCCAGCCAUGCUGAGGCCACGUCCCACAUACAGCAACUAGAAGGAAGUGCAGCUAUGACAUACAACUAUCUACUGGGGCUUUGGGGGAAAAAUAAAUAAAUAAAUAAAGAUGAUAAUUGUGCUGUAAGGCAGUAGUUAAGCACAGAGAGUAGUCAAUCAGGAACGGUGAGAUCACUUUCCACUGAGAUAUCAUGGCACAGGGCUCCAGUGAGCCUUCCCAGUAUGUGAGGGAUUUAGGUGAGGAGAGAGGAGACCAUAUGGGCAGUCUGGGCGAGGGGCAUGGCAUGAGUUCUGGAAAAGAUAUAUUUGAGGAACAUGGGUAUACUAGUCUGUUUCCCUGAAUUGCUGUAGGGAAGGCCAGAAGAUAAUGUGGACUGUAUCUUAGAAGAACCUGGGGGUUAAUUUAAACUUUAUAGCAACCAACUACCAUUUUAAAAUUGAGUAAUUUUACAGUUUUUAAAAUGAGCAAAAUUUAGACUAAGAAAAAUCACAGUAAGAGAAAAUACUUUUGGCUUAUGGCUGUUUCUUAAAGGUGUUACUAAGAGCAGUUAAUAUGGUUUUCAACUCCCAAUGCAGUAUUUGAUUAAGGCAAGGUUCAUCAAUGGAUGCUAAAACUAUUGGUUGACAAGAUGUUGGGGAACAGUCUUCACAAGGAUUUAAAUAUAAUCCCACAGAUGAUGUAUCGGUUACAAAGGGAAGCAGUACCUUUACAAUGGAAAGAUCUUGUGGUCACCACGCUAACCACAUGAUUAAAUUUAGCAUCACCAAAGGUGGGACAACCUAACAUUAUGCCCCACCUGAUGUGCUGUAAGAGUUAUACACUAUCACCUAUUUAGUUUUCUUGCCCAAAGUUUUUAACUGGAAUUUAAUCAUGAUGAAAUUGUUAGACAAAUCCUGAAUGAUGUCAUUCUAUAAGAUAAUUAACUUUGGCUUCUCAAAAAGUCAAAAAAAGAUAAAAACCCAGCAAAUAGCUAUGAAAGACAUUUUUGGGACAAUUGAGAACAUUUGAAUAUGGACUGCAUAUUAGAUGACAUUAUGGAAUAGUUGUUAAUUUUCCUAGGUGUGAUAAUGAUAUUGUGGUCAUGCAGGAAAAUGUCUUGUUCUUAGGCAAUGCAUGCAGAAAUAUUAGGGGUGAAGUGGCAUGAUAUUUGCAACUUUCAAAUGUUCAACAAAAAUCAAUGUGAAAAUGAAGAGAGAGAGCAAAUAUGGCAAAAUGUUAACAAUUGAAUAAUUGAUAAAUCUAGGUGGAGAGAAUAGAAGUGUUUCUUGUAAUAUUCUUUGAACUUUUCUGUAGGUUUGAAAUUUUUCUGGGUGGAGAGAAAUCAUUUUUAAAAAACAAUAUUAUCUGGAUUUAAUGAAUAAGACUGUAUUCAAAAGAAAAACUAAUGAAUGUGGCAAAUUAAUGAGAAUGUAGCCUUGUUUUUACCUUCCCUCAUUUUAAUAUUUUUACUAUUAUGAAAUAAAUAUAGCAUCUCUUAGAAGCUUUUAUUUAUUUGUGAGUAUAUAUUUUCUCAGCCUCAAAAGGAUACUAAAUAAAAAGUAUCCUCUUAAUCAGAGGACCAGAGCGGCAAAGCCCAGGGACCUUAUUUGCUAAUUAAAACACACAGAUUUUGAAAGAGUUAUUUUGACCUAGUUUCACUAGAAACAGACCUUCAAGGAAAUUUUGAUCACUAGUCACACAUAUCUUAUUUACAUUAAAUAUACACAUAUUUAACAUAAAUACAUAUAUAGUAACACACAUAUACACUUAGCACAUAUAUUAUUUACAUUAGAUAUAUUUAGCGUAUAUACUUACUCACAUAUACAUAAGUGCACACACACAUGUGUGUAUGGCCACCUACAUAAUUUGUGAGACCCCUUGCAAAAUGAAAAUGUGAAGCUUUUGUCCAAAAAUUAAGCAUGGGGCACUUUUGAACAUGAAGCCUUGUUCAACUGCACAGGAUGCGUGUCCAUGAAGUCAGACGAGUGUGUGUACAUACACACAUAAAUGUAUAAACACACAUAUACACACACACACUCAGAUAUGAAUGUAUCUGAGAUGAAAUGUUUAAAAGUCUAAAUAUGAUCUUUUCCAAGACUGGAUUAUCCAGUGCAUUCACUAGCAGCAUAAACUCACAACAUCCAUUCUGCACUUGAGCGUUCACCAUAAUGUGAGUUUCCUGGCAUGUUAACUUUUCAUUAUGGAAUAUUAAAUAAUUUUAUCGUUAUUCAUAUUUACUUUUAAUAAAUUUUAAUGUUAAAACAUACACAAAUAAAGAAUAGAAUAAUGAAACUCUAUGUACCCAUUACCCAACUUCAACAGCUAUCAAUAUUCUGCUUUUCUUGUUAUAUCUACCCUCUUUGUUUUUUUCAAUUUCUUUUGCUGGCGUAUUUGAAAGCAAAUUUCAGGCAUUAUAUCACUUUACUUGUAAAUACUUAAAAAUGUAUCUCCAACAGAUAAGACCUUUUUAGUUUUAACAAAACCAUGAUAUCAUUGUCACUCACCAAAAUUAAUAAGAUUUCCUUAAUUAUCAUAUAAUAAUCAGUCUGUAUUCAGUUUACCUUUCAAAAGUAUCUUUUUGCUUGUUGUUUAAAUCAGGAUCCAACAUUGCAUUUAGUUGAUGUCUGUUUUACUCUGUAACAUUGACCCGUCUUUAAUUUCUUUCCUCUUGCCAUUCAUUUAAGGAAGCUAACUGGAUCAUACGUCCUAUAGAAUUUCCUUCAUUCAGGAUUUGACUGAUGGUAUCCCCAUGGUGUCUAGUUAGAACUAGAAGCUUGAUUUGAUUCUGGUUCAAAAAUUUUUUUCCAAGAAUACUGCAUAGGUGAUGCUGUAUACUUUCUUUUGCGUCACAUCAUGAGGAACAUGAUGUCUGGUUGUUCCACUUUCGGUGAUGUUAAAAUUGAUCGGUGGUUUCUGGUGGUGUCAUCUACUAUAAAGCUUCCUAUCAAUCUUUCACCUAAUGGUUUUAGCAACCAUUGAUGACUGUUGCUUGAAUCCAUUAUUUCAUUAGGGGUUGCAAAAUAGUGAUUUUUGGAUUCUAUCGAACCUAUACAAUUUAUCAUCUGUGAUUCUUCUACAAAGAAGAACUUUCUCUAAAGCUGAUUGGGAAAGAUGGGAUAAAUAUUUAAUUUAUUAAUCUUUAGAAUGAGUUGAUACCCUUGCAACCUCCAAAGGUGACAAAUGAGGUUUUUGUUUUUUAAGCGGGGGUAUGACCAAACCGGUACUUUGAAACAGUGUGUUUAGAAUGUGUUGGAGCAUGAGGAGACUAUAUUUGAAAGGCCAGAAGGCCAAGAGGCUAAGAGGGCUGAACAAUAGGAGGGCACAGAACCAAGAGAACUAACUGAAUGUGAAGAUUAAGGAAGAGGUAAGCAUCAGAGAUUACCUCCAGGUUUGUUUGAAGGUGAGUGACAGGAGUAGGAUGCCGUUAAAGGAAAUAGAAGUCUCUAUCAAAUUAACCCCUGAAGAGCCACACUUACUUGAGAGAGAUUUUUCCUCACACUUCCACCUAUUACACAGUUUUUAGUUAGUUAGAAUUUAAGCCAAUAGUGGGGCCACCAUACGUGUGUCAACAUGGCGGAGCACAUCUGGAAGGUAGCAUGUUGGAUCUCGUUUGGAGAUGCUGAGUUUGAGGUGCUGCCAGAAUAUUCACAUGAAGAUGUAGAGCAGACCAUAGGAAAUGCAGGAUGGGAACUUGAGAGAGAGGAUGGAUUGGAGUCACACACAGAAGUGAUGUGUAUGUAUCUGGAAGUAACCCUGGAUGCUUAACUUUGAAUCCAGGGAUUACCAAGGGGGAGAUUAUAUAGAGGAAAGAGGGCUAAGGAACAAAGCAUGGCAGACAUCUCCAUUUAGAUACUUACUCUGUAUCCAAACGUCAAUUCACUUCUUAAUGUCUGUGAUUCUGUAUCUGUGAGUAUGGCCUGUUCCAGUCUUGCAUUUCUUCAGAACGGUCUCAGAUGAAGGGACUACCAUUGAUAGAUGUAUGGUGGCCGCACUAUUGGCUUAAACUCUUAACUAACUGAAAACUGUGUCAUAAGUGAAACUGUGAGGCAAAUAGAAUCUCUCUCAAAUAUGUGUGGCUCUCUAGGAGUUAAUUUGAUCGAGACUUGUAUUCGUUUCCUAUGACUGAUGGAACAAAUUACCACAAACUUGGUGGCUUAAAACACACAUUUAUUCUCUUAGUUCUGGAGGCCAGAAGUCUGAAAUGAGUUUCACUGGGCUAAAGUCAAGGUGUUGCAUGGCCGUGCUCCUCUGGAGGCUCAGCCCACAUUGGUUGUUGCCCAAAUAAGUCCCAGCCACACAGGUCUGCUCAGUGUUACCUGAAGAGGCUUUUGCACUCUAUGGCUCUCUACUACGGUUUCUACUUGAAAUUCCCUUCAACUUUUUUUUUUAAUAUCAGCUUUACCAAAAUAUAAUUCACAUACCAUACAAUUCACGCAUGUAAAGUAUACAGUUCAAUGGCAUUUAGUAUAUUCAGAGUUGUGCAACCAUCACCACGAUCAAUUUUAAAACAUUUUUGUCACCCCGGAAAGAAACCUUGUGCGCAUUAGCGGUGAUUCUCAUCUUCCCCCAACUCUAGGCAACCACUCAUCUACUUUCUGUCUCUACAGAUAUGCCCAUUCGGGACAUUUAAAUGGAAUCACACAACAUGUAGUCUUUUUCACUUAGUAUGUUUUCAAGGUUCACCCAUGUUGUAGCAUGGGAUCAGUACUUCAUUCCUUUUUAUUGCCAAAUAAUAUUCAAUUAUGUGGAUAGAUCACAUUUUAUUUAUCUUUUCUUCAGUUUAUGGACAUUUGGGUUGUUUCUGCUUUCCUGCUAAUAUGAACAAUGCUACUCUGAAUAUUCGUGUACAAGUUUUAUGUGGACAUAUUAUUUCCAUUUCUCUUGGGUGUACACCUAGGAGUGGAAAUGCCGGGUCACAUUCUAACUCCUUCCUCAUAACUUUGCGUAUAAAAGUUUAUGUUCAGAACUCCGAUUCAGUGCUACUUCCAUAGUGUUCCACCAUCUCGCACUCAGAAUGAAACUUCUCUCUAGUACUCCCAGUGUCGAGUGCCUCAGUAUUGUGCUUACCAGUUUGCCUUGGAGCUCAGUUCUUCCUGCGUGGCUGUUUUCCUCUUACUGUGAAUUUCUGGAAAGCAGGGACAGGCUCUCAUUUUUGUAUGAGAAUUUUUGUACAGCAAGUGUACUGCGCUGCAUAAAGCAGAAACUCUGUAAGUGCUUUCGAAUUGGGGGGGAAUACAAGUGUUAAGAAUUUCAUAUGCUUGAUUCUAAAAAUGGUGUCUAAUACUAAAUAAUAAUGUUCACUUUCCAAUUUCAACAAUUAAAUGUUUGUCAAAUAACAAAGUAAAGAUGUGUAAGGUAAACCAAUUUGGUACAUUAAAGUCUAUUGAUUUUGAA